CAGUUAGUCGGUCUAUCCAAGAUGGUCGUCCGCUGAUUGGACGGGCCAGGUAUUUUCCUUCGUUCUUAUCAGGACUGCAUACUCGUAUACCUCCAGGCUAGUCUAUUAUCGGACGGCGCUAGUACGUACGUAUUGUCCGUAGUCUGUGGGACUGUUUACUCCGGGUAGCACGGCCGGAUCUUGUACCAAGUGCCAGAGGAUGGUGAGAAUUCCUACUCGUUGAUCACUCAUCGAGGAAACCUCCGAUGGCUGCUAGGAGGAGACUGUGGACGAUGAUUUUGAGAAUUUUGUGGCGAUUACGCCUUUGAUUGAACGGUAUGUUUAGUGAUGGAGUAUUAGCUGUCACUGACUCCAGAUGAAAUUGUUAGAAGAGGCGUGAGAAAGGUUUUUGGAAUAUGAUUUGAAGAGAAGGCUAGAUAAUCUGUCUGUCAGUCAGCAGUGUUAAUUAAUUGUGAUGACUCCACCAUUGAGCCGCAAGAGAGGCUCCUCUGUGAGUUUCACUCGUGCGAAGGAUGAUGCAGAGGAUGACAGGGAUGAGAUUCAAAUAUCGCUUACACCAUACAUACAAACAUACUUGGCACAUAGUGGCCAAGGAUUAGGUUGUUGUGGCAUUGGAUUACCUGUGCCAUUCGAAAGGGCUGCUUCAAGAUCUUGGUGGAACCCUAAAUUUGACUCUGAAAUCUUAGAGGAACAAUUUAGAAGAAGUGCCUUUCCACAAAUCAGAUUGAGAUUCAGGUAUGCUCUGACGUACAUACUGUUCGUGUCGCUGUCUUGGCUGGCAUACUUUGUUAUAUCUGGUAUUGAGAAUGACACUUCCUCAUGGCCAGCAAUUGCCACCAUAUUUAGUACAGUAGGUGCAAUGGCAUCUGUGGUGCUUUAUUUGACCCAUACAGACUAUUACAGAUCUUAUGCGGUUCUUACAUCCUUAAUAGUUGCUUUUACGCUUUGCCUAUUGUCCUUACUAUUCCUUGUAUUGGUACCACCAUAUUCUGACGGAUUGACCCUAGUGGGCCACUUUGCACUGUGCUCUGAGAUUCUACUCCUUAUAUAUACAGUAGUACCCAUGCCACUCUAUGCUUGCGUGGGUAUUUGUACAGUAUACUCGUUCGUCUUCGAGUUCCUAACUGCCUACCUCUACGGAUUGGAAGGUACAAAGCGAUCUAGUUACGGCGACGAAGUUAUCUUACCGACUAAUGCUCCAAUUAAUCAGACUGUUGGAAGAAAUAUAACUAAAAGAUUUAUGCGCGAGGAUCCUGGUGCUCUUCUGUAUGAAAAUUCUGAGAAGACGUCGAGUAUUCGUGUACCUGGAUAUUUUAAUAUUUCAGCUAAGGUACCCGCGGCUUUAGCUAAGUUAAAUGAGAGCUUGACCGAUUCGAAAAUUUUUUCGACCCUAAACUCCAGUGCAAUAUUCAACCCAACGAACAACAGUUUUAUUGAUAAUUCGACGAGCAAUGGCUUUGGUUAUUCAAGUGUUACACCAAGUAUAUUAUCUCUGGGUUCGAACUGGACGUCAACAGAGCCUAGUUUUACUACAGAUCUUGUAAAUGCAACAAUAAGCACAGUUUCGAGUAAUUCAACCCUGAUGAAUGAAUUCACAAGGACUCUAAAUAAUUGGGAGGGUAAUGUGUCGGGAAGUGGAUAUUCGGAGAACGUAGAUUUCGCGACUACUCUGACGAUAAGGAUCCUGAUGCAGAUCUGCAUACACCUAAUAGGUGUACAUAUUCUGAUAAUGACAUUUGUAAGGAUGCGAGGAACUUUUAUGAAGGUUGGACAGUCGCUACUCGUACGUCGCCAAUUGGAAAUGGAAAAGCAACUCAAGGAAAAGAUGAUACACUCGGUAAUGCCGCCUAAGGUUGCCGAUUGGUUAAUGGAGGAGAGCGAAAGAGAACGUGAAAGAGAAGACUCUUUGAAGAAAGGUUCAAUACCUUCAAACAAUACAGAUAUUAGAUCCUUAUUCCGUCCUUUCAAUAUGCACUCGAUGGAGGACGUGAGUAUCCUCUUUGCCGAUAUCGUUGGUUUCACGCGGAUGAGUUCCAAUAAGACUGCAGAGGAGCUGGUUGGCAUCCUGAACGACCUCUUCGAGAGAUUCGAUGAUCUCUGCGUUCAGCACGGUUGUGAGAAGAUCUCCACCCUGGGUGACUGCUACUACUGUGUCAGCGGUUGUCCAGAGCCAAGACUGGAUCACGCCAAGUGCUGCGUCGAGAUGGGACUGGCGAUGAUAGAAGCUAUCAAACAGUUUGACGUCGAGAGACGAGAGGGUGUCAACAUGAGAGUGGGCGUACACACUGGUACGGUACUCUGCGGUAUCGUGGGCACCAAAAGAUUCAAAUUCGAUGUCUGGUCGAACGACGUUACCCUAGCAAAUAAGCUGGAGAGUACUGGGAAACCUGGACGCGUGCAUCUCAGUGAGAAGACCUUGAGCUUUUUGGGAGAUCAAUAUCUCACUGAAGAUGGGGAAACUGUUAAUGGAGUGAAAUCAUAUUUCAUCCGGGGUCGAAAGUCGGAUCUGGUAACGGAAUUCAUGACGAACGUGACUGGACCAACGAGUAUCUCUCCUUUACUGCAUCCGAGGCACAGACUUUCAUCCUGUAACAAUCAAGCAAAACCGCGACCUCAUUAUCUGCAUAUGGUGACCAAUUUAAAUAGUUACAAAACCAAGGCAAAUUCUUUACCAAGUAUAUUGGACUCUGAGAACGAUGAGGACACGGUGGACCAGAAGGAAGAUAUAAAUAAGAGUCCCACAUCUACAGUGAGUUAUGAGAAUAAAAAGAAGCUACGUAACAAAGCAUGGAGAUAUUUACAACGACAGCGAACUACUGAAGAAAUGACACCAUUGGAAAGGGAGAAUGCAGAUGUAGUUCAUCCUGAGAUUAAGGAGGAACCUACACCCGUGAUACGUCACGAGGAACGUAAUGGAUACGACCGAGUACCCAUUGACAACUGUGUAGAAAUGGAUCCGAAUCCAGUACUCACCAUUCCUUUAUUACCUGACCAGGAACCUGUGAGCCACGCAUCCUCAGUCUGCAGCAGAAAGGAUUCAGGAAUUAGAAGCAACAGUAGGCGCAGUAGUAUACAACAGCAGCUCUAUCUCAUGAACGGAAUGACACAAGGUGAUUUACUAGCGCACAGAGUGAGCGGUUACUAUACCUCUAGUUCCACGUUGAACUCAGCUCCGGAACCAUCUUCCUCGAUUCCACCGUAUCCAUUUCCACCAGUCGUCACGGAUACCUUUGGUGCUUGUUUUUACAAGCUACGAAAACAGUCUGAUCUCCAGCUGAUCAGAUGUGUCCAGGAUAACGUAACGUCUCAGCGAUCCUACUUCGUGAAGCCACCGCUGUCCAGUGUAACACUCUUCUUCAAGAACAAGGAAAUGGAACAGGAAUAUCGAGAGAACGCACAUAAGGCCAGUGAAGGUAUAGGUGACAAUCCACCAACGCUGGCGACAUCUAGAUUCAAUACUUAUUUUGAUAUAUUAAUUUCGGCUCUGGUUUACUCCGCCAUUACGGCCUCACUUUUGCUACUGUGCGAACCGACAACGUAUUAUAUUAUCUUUUGCACCCUGGCCACGGUAGUACAGGUCUUUGCUGUAUCUCUCUGUGUUAGACAAUUAGUCAAUCCCAAUACUACUCACGCCAGCUUUACCCAGAAGAUAUUCAAAUUCUGCUCCAGAUGGUAUCCCUGGCAUCUCUGUGGUGCAAUACUGGUCGGUCUCCCAAUCAUUUCCAUCCUGAUGAAUUUCACUUGUCACAGCCUCCAUGCGAGUCUCAAUAAUUUUGAGUAUUAUUACAGUUACUUGAUAUUCGUUGGCCUGGUACACUUUUGCAAUUUCACGCAGCUCAAUUUCUGGAUGAAGAACUUACUGGUUACCCUAACCGGAAUAGUUUUCAUUUGCCUUGUGGCAACUCACGUAUAUCACGAGCGUAGCAUUGUUAAUCCAACAAAUCUGGCUCAUCAUGGACCUAACAACGUAUCCCUAGCAGGGACUAAGGCCAAUAUAAGUCUUAUUAAUUUAAACUCGACACCCUUUGCUCAAAAAUAUCACGAGGAGGAUAAAGGAUACAUCUCGAAGAAGUCAUUGAUAUUAUCUACUAUCAAUUCCAAAAUGGAAUUUCACAGGAGUAAUUUGGAUCAGGAAUUCACGUCGAAUGGCCUUAAUUCCACAUAUGAUAAGGAAAAGGAUCUACAAAACAAAGAGAAAAGGUACAACCAGAGGUUAUACAAUUCUGAGAUUUUCCUGGACAUGGUCCUUCUCCUUUUACUCGUAUGCUUUCUAAAUCGUGAAUUUGAGAUAAGCUACAGGCUAAGCUUUCACGGAAACGCAGUAGCUGCAAGGGACAAGGCAUGUGUACAAUCAAUGAAGAAUCAAGCCGACUGGUUGUUGCACAAUAUCAUACCAAAGUACGUAGCGGAUCAAUUGAAGACAACAGCAAAAUAUUCACAAAAUCACAAAUCCGUGGGAAUAAUAUUUGCUAGUAUCGUGAACUUCAAUGAACUCUAUGACGAGUCUUAUCUUGGUGGAAAGGAGUAUCUGCGGGUACUUAACGAGCUCAUUGGUGAUUUCGACGAACUCCUGGAGAAGUCAGAAUUCGCGAACGUGGAGAAGAUCAAAACGAUUGGCAGUACCUUCAUGGCGGCUAGCGGACUGAAUCCCCAGGUGAGACAACAAAGUGAACAUGAGUACACGCAUCUCUUUCAGCUGCUGGACUUUGCCGUAGCGAUGCACAAGGUGAUCUAUAAUUUCAACAGAGAUCUGUUAGGCUUUAAAUUGAUUCUCAGGAUCGGUUACAAUUACGGUGACGUUACCGCGGGUGUUAUUGGUGCUACGAAAUUGUAUUAUGAUAUUUGGGGCGAUGCUGUCAAUAUUGCGUCACGUAUGGACUCUACUGGAGUUGCGAGUAGAAUACAAUUACCCAUUAACUGUCUGGAGGCACUGUCAGAACGUUACGAAUUCGAGCCAAGAGGUCAGGUAUACGUCAAAGGAAAGGACAAUAUGGAUGUGUUUCUUUUAAAAGGAAAGAAAGGCGAGGAUCCUUCGUCCACGAUGGAUUCCUGAGUGAUCACACUGAAUUUACCAAACACCCCUUUGUUCUCUUUUAUUGUUUUCCUUUUUGGUAUUUCAGUGAAUAAUUUUUCCACUAAAGUGACCGCGUCUACGAAAUUGAAAAAAGGUUAAUAAUGCAAUUUCCUCUGGAACUAGUAUUUUCCUACAGCAUUUCAUACCUGGAUGCCCAUCGUUCAGGACGUUCAUUCCUCUUGGUAGACUUUUUCAACAAAAACAAAAUGCUAAUACAAGUAUCCAUACUUUACUGGUAUUUGUGGAGGCUGAAGGAUACAUGGAGAAACGUGAUAUAUUCUGUAAAUCGUAUGCAACAAUAUACGCUAGCCUUACUGGUUGACUGCUCAAAACAAGAAUGAAAAAGAGGAAUGCAUGAAAAAUGGAGAACGAUAGGAAACGGACAGUAAAUGUAUGGGAUUCCUUCGUUGUUUAUUGUCUAUUGUUGUUGUUGUAAAUAAUUCGUGUGUACGGCGAAAACAACGAGGAUCGAAUCUCUUAACAAAAUGUCUGUCUUUUAUCAUCAAGUACAAAAGAAACAUCGAGAGAUCCUAAUUCUGUGCCUCGUUUAUUAUAUAUAUAUAUACAGUGAAUUUCUAAAAAUAAAAAAAUAUUAGAAAUCAAACUAGCAGCGAUUCUCAAGAAGGGACAAUGAGUCCGAGUAAGAAACGGAAGAAUUGAGUGUCAAGUAUCUGUAUUUUAAACUCUUUUUUUUCUUGUAAAUAAUUCAUCAACGAGACAGUCACGACUCGUAGAAAGAAACAAAGUGUAUAGUUUUUGAAACCAAUCGUAAAUUUAAAAGUCUUAUUGUAAAAGCAGUUUAUAUCGCGUACCGGAUAACAUUCCAAAAAGCAAAAAAUCGUAGGAAUGAUUUGAAAUAUGGUUGAGCCCGAGAUGCGAAUGACAGAAAAUACAAUCGUGGUGCAUUUUACGCUAGUUUUGUCGAAAGUUUCUUUCUCCUAAGUGUAAUGAUAAAUAAAGAGAGAGAAGAGAAUUAUAGGCGGCAAUUGUUUGCGACUGGCUUAAUGAGACUAACAUGAAUCUCUGAGUAUUUUUAUUAUACUAGCUCCUGGAAAGAAGUUAUCGAGUUUCAGGAACUAGAUUCUUCUACGAUAUGUUUACAGCUAUGAUUAUAUGAGCGAAGCUGCGAAAGAAUCUCUAAAUGCGAAGAUAAUAGUAGAGAGAUUUUGAGUGAGAAUGAGAGAGAGAGAGAGUGAGAGAGAGAGAGUAUAUCAGGUUGCCUGCAACCCUGAAAAUAAAAAUUGUAAAGAUGUAAGAUAGUAAUUUAAUCGAAAUAAAGAUACGUGAAGAUGCAGUAA